AUGUGGCUCAAGACUUGGGCGGUUAUGGCCACACUAGCUAGCCAUGCCGCUGCCGUCACGCAGAUCACCGAUCAGGAUAUGACCGCGCUCCUCGAAGCUGGCGGUGCCGACCUAGCCAACCGCUAUGCACCUUUGUGGUUCUUCGCCCAAGCCGAGAACCACCCCCCUUGUUAUCCGACUUGGGCAUUCGGCGGAUCCCCAAACACAUCCGAUACCUACGACGCCACUCAUAAGACACCUGCCGCGGCUCAAUGCCAGUACCCCAAUGUUGGAUGCAACUGUCGCAAUCCCGGGAUAGACUCCGGGAACCCGGGGCCCGCGUUCCCAGUCUAUUAUACAUUCCAGCGGUGUACCGAGACCGAGGUACGCGUUGUCUACAACCUCUUCUAUGAAAAGGAUGGCGCGACUUUUGGUUUCAUCCAAACCGGACAUGGCUACGAUUGGGAACGUGUUGUGAUUAUCCACUCACGCGACCACAAGAAUAUGUGGGCGCCUUCGCGGGCGCUGCUAUCCGCUCACAGUGGAUACAAUAACCUGGCCUGGGGUGACAUUCAAAAUACCCUGACUACGGAUCAGAUCAAUGCUGGUGAUGCUAAAGAUCCGAAUGGUGUGAAGAAUGAAGAUCACCCCAAGGUCUAUGUGGCCUGGUCGAAACAUCCUAACUUCGAUACCCGUGAUACGGGACUCAUUGAUCCCGUCAGUCAGUCCUUGGAUGAUGCGUAUCGCAGCGAUGACUGGUGGUACUAUGUUGACCCUCAGUACUAUAUCCGUUCGGAUAACAGUACCGCUGCUGGUCAGGCUCUUGGAUCUGCCGACUGGGGAAGUGCCACUAGUAAUCCACCACUGGUGCAGGCCAGUGUCUGCAAUGCGUCUUAA